GAGGUGGAGUUUUCCACAAUCCGGGCCACUGAGGUCAACGCCCCGGGUCCGGGCAAGCCGGCCGGAGGCUCGGUGGUUCCGCUUCGGCACGCGCGGGCUCUUGCGAACUCCACGGACGAGCUUGCGGGAGGUCCUCAAUGCGGCAAUGGCGAUCUCUGCCGACGGCGGUCCGGGACGAGCUCGAAGAAAAUGUGCUGGACCGCGGCAGUGGCGAGGGUGGGAGGCCCGCGGCGGCGGCAGCGGACGGCAACGAGCCUCCAAUCGCGCUGACCGCGGUUCCAUGACGGAAUCGCACUGGCCGGCUCCCUUCCGCGCCCUUUAAAUCCUCGACGCCUUGCUGCUUCCUGAAUCCGAGCGACGCAUUUGCUAAGCUUGCGACCGAUCAAAUACUUCUCUCGCCGGAGCCCGGAGGUGCAAGAUGAGCUUCUACAGCUACGGCAGCGAUGACGACGACGACCUCCUGCUCGUGCGGCAGGGAAACGAAACGUCGGCACGAGCGAAUGAUAACAGGUACAGUACGUGGACGCAGAGCGAGAUGGAGCAGCAGAUGUUCUCGUGGUCAUUUGAAGAUGUGCAAAAGAGGAACCUCUUCAAGAAGAAGGUUAAGAAAGUACCAAGAACUUUCACUUCACUAGAGGAGUACAUGGCAUCAUUUACCGUACCUCUGAUUGAAGAAACUCGGGCUGAUCUGUACUCUGCGCUGGAGAGUAUCAAGCAUGCACCAGCCACUGAAGUGAAACGGAUUGAGGAACUUUGUUCAAAGCAGUCCAUAUUCAGUACCUUGGUCAAUAAGGCUGACCGUGACACAGAUCCGGGGGAAGUUUAUGCCCUCAAGGAUGCUGAUGUACUUGUGUUUUUUGAUCGGAAACCAAGACAUAUCUCGGACUUGGGACGCAGCAAGGUGCCGUAUGUGAUUGCUUCGGUGCUGAAAGCAGAGGAUGGUAACGGCCAUGCAAUCGUAAGGCUGUCUCGUGGACCUGCCAAGGAACGCGGUGGGAGACAAAAUCUCGUUCCACCUCUUGUCGCGGUGUUCCUGAUCAACAUGACGACGUACAAUCGUAUAUGGAACGCACUGGACCUGCAUGUUGCUAGCCUUAGGAACACUAGUAUCAUUGAGAAGAUUGUACAGUAUGCUCCAAGGGAAGAAAAUUCAGAUCUGCCUUUACAUUUGCCAGACAGAGCACUUUGUCUUGAAAAAUUCAACCUCAACAGGUCACAACGGAUGGCAGUACUUGACUGUGUUUCAGCAAUGGAGCAGCAAGAUACUUCUCCGGUGCGUUUGAUAUGGGGACCUCCCGGUACGGGGAAGACGAAGACAAUUAGCACUCUCCUGUGGUCCAUGAUGAUCAAGAAUCACCGAACACUUACCUGCGCUCCAACGAACACUGCAGUAGUGGAGGUUGCGUCCUGGGUCCUCGGCCUAAUCGAGGAUCCCUCUAGUGGCAGUGGAAAUAACUGUUUCCUGAGUGAUGUUGUGAUGUUCGGGAAUGAGGAUCGGAUGAACGUGGACCAGAACCUCACAAAGAUUUUCCUGGAGAAGCGUGUUCGCCGUCUGCAGAACUGCCUGAUGCCAGGUUCAGGGUGGACUAGCUGUCUGAGUUCCAUGAUACGAAUUCUGGAGGAACCCUUGAUUCAGUAUGCUUCAUAUGUUGAGCAAAUCGAGGAACUUGCUAAGAAGGAAAAGGAGGAACUUGCUAAGAAGGCAAAGAACAAAAACUUGGAUGCAAAGGAGGAUAUUGCUAAGAAGGAAUUCAAUAAGAAGAGCAUACAUAACAUGUCAUUCAAGGACUAUUUCAUAAGUAAUUACAAACAAAUUGAGAAUGAUCUGUGCACCUGUAUCAAGACCUUCUGCAAUGAUCUCCCCAGAUCUGCUACUGAUAGACAGAAUUUUCGUUACAUGACAGAGGUUCUGCUCUUGCUUACAGAGCUCGGUCAACUCGUGCAGUCUGAACAAGACAAGCAGCUACAAACUCUGUUCAGUGACACCUCGGAUGGAAAAAGCAGAUGCUUGUUUCAGAACCUGGUAGUAUAUGCACAAGAUGGCGUUCGUUCAGAACUUAAGCAGGCAAGAGCCCUGUGCAUUGAGAAGCUAAAUUACUUGUCUAACAACUUUCACCUACCUGAUAUUUUUGACAAGCGGUCAAUCGAGGAGUUCUUGCUGCAGAACAGCAAGAGCAUACUCUGCACUGCCUCAAGCUCAUCUCGUUUGCACUACCUGCAAAAGGCUGAGCCGUUUGACCUCCUUGUGGUUGACGAGGCAGCGCAGUUAAAGGAGUGUGACUCGUUGAUACCUCUUCAGAUUCCUGGGAUCCGUCUUGCUGUUCUCAUUGGAGAUGAAUACCAGCUACCUGCACUUGUCAAAAGCAAGGUAUGUCAGGAAGCCGACUUUGGAAGGAGCCUGUUUGAGAGGCUGAGUUCUCUGGGCCAUCCUAAGCACCUUCUUGAUGUGCAGUACAGAAUGCAUCCAGGGAUAAGCAAGUUCCCUGUCUCAAGAUUUUACGGCGACCAGAUCGCUGAUGGUGAGAACGUCCUGCACAGAAACUAUGAGAGGAGGCAUCUGACUGGCCCAAUGUAUGGUUCAUACUCGUUCAUCAACAUUGAGGGUGGGAAGGAAAGCUCGGGUAAGCACGACAAGAGCCUUAUCAACACCAUUGAGGUUGCUGUGGUGAUCCGGAUCGUGCAAAGGCUGUUCAAAGAGUGUGUUGACACACGGAGCAAGCUCGGCGUGGGCGUUGUCUCGCCCUACAAGGGCCAGGUUCGUGCCAUCCAGGAGAAGCUCGGGAAGACAUACGAGAUGCACAGCAGUUUCACCGUGAAGGUACGGUCCGUGGAUGGAUUCCAGGGCGCCGAGGAGGACAUCAUCAUCUUCUCCACUGUGCGGAGCAACAGUGCUGGAAAAGUUGGCUUCCUUGACAACUUGAACCGUACCAAUGUGGCGCUGACACGGGCCAAGCACUGUCUCUGGAUAGUAGGGAACGCAACCACAUUGGUGAGUAGCAAGACGGUGUGGCGGAAGAUAGUGGCAGAUGCCAAGGAGAGGGGCUGCUUCUUUAGCGCAAACGACGACCAGGACCUCUCAGGCGCAAUCAUCAAAGCCGUCAUCGAGCUGGACGAGGUGGAGAGUUUGCUCAACAUGGACAACCUCCGUAUUGGCGGGUCUCGCCCCGGGAAACACAAGAACAAGUAAAUAGGAAAUUCCGAAUGGAGUUAGGGAUGUAUGGUUGCGGAUCACUCUUAUCGUCACAGGCGAGAUGAAGGAAUUACUACUGGAGUAGUUACUCUUUCUAAGUUCCAGAGCAUUACAUGCUUUAUUGUAUUAAUAUGGAAGACUUCUGUGUUUGCCCGAAUAAGAUGGUUCUCUUCACUACUAUUUAA